AUGUCACCGAGUAACAGUAUAUAUACAGAGGAUAUUGAGAUGUAUCCUACCCACAAUGAGCAACAUCUAACCAGAGAGUACACAAAACCAAACGACGAAAAAAGUGAGAAAGUUAACUUCGAAGGAGCUUAUACCAACAGUCACGGGACUCUAUCCAAAGCCACUACAAGAGAAAUAGAGGGUGAUUUAGAAUCUGAAACCUCUUCUCACUCUGGUGAUGUUAAAGGUGAUUCGACGCAACAGAUAACUACAGAGAUAGGUGCACCAUAUACUUUGCUAAGUUAUGGUCAAAAAUGGGGAAUGGUAGCAAUUUUAACAAUGUGUGGGUUUUGGUCUUCAUUAGGGUCUCCAAUCUACUAUCCUGCUCUAAGACAGUUGGAGAAGCAGUUCAACGUCGAUGAAAAUAUGGUUAACGUAACUGUGGUUGUGUACUUGUUGUUUCAAGGUAUAUCUCCCACAGUUAGUGGUGGUUUGGCUGAUUGUUUUGGAAGGAGACCUAUAAUUUUAGCGGGUAUGCUGAUAUAUGUGGUUGCAUCUAUUGGGUUAGCAUGUGCUCCAUCGUACGGUGUUAUCAUCUUUUUGAGGUGUAUUCAGAGUAUUGGUAUCUCUCCCACAAUCGCAAUCAGUUCCGGUGUUGUAGGCGAUUUUACUCUAAAACAUGAAAGAGGGACAUUUGUUGGUGCCACCUCUGGAUUCGUCUUACUAGGUCAAUGUUUUGGUAGUCUUAUCGGUGCCGUACUAACUGCAAGAUGGGAUUGGAGGUCUAUUUUUUGGUUUCUAACGAUCGGUUGCGGUAGUUGCUUUUUGAUUGCUUUCCUUAUCUUACCCGAAACGAAGAGAACCAUUGCAGGUAAUCUCUCGAUUAAGCCUAAAAGACUGAUCAACAGAGCCCCAAUUUUUUUAUUGGGCCCAGUUAAAAGAAGAUUCAAAUACGAUAACCCAGAUUACGAAACAUUGGAUCCAACAAUCCCCAAGCUAGAUUUGUCAUCUGCAGGGAAAAUCCUUGUAUUACCAGAAAUUAUCCUGUCUUUAUUUCCAUCAGGGUUGUUGUUUGCUAUGUGGACAUUGAUGCUUUCUUCUAUAUCAUCAGGUUUAUCAGUGGCGCCAUACAACUACCAUUUGGUUAUUAUAGGUGUCUGUUAUCUGCCCGGUGGUAUUGGUGGUUUACUAGGUUCUUUCUUCACGGGUAGAGUCAUUGACAUGUAUUUUAAGAGAAAGGUGAAAAAGUUCGAACAAGACAAGGCCAACGGGCUAAUUCCGCAAGAUGCUGAAAUCAACAUGUUCAGAGUUCGUUUGGUAUGUCUUCUACCUCAAAAUUUCUUGGCCGUUGUAGCCUACCUUCUAUUUGGUUGGAGUAUAGACAAGGGCUGGAGAAUCGAGUCUAUUUUGAUUACUUCAUUUGUCUGCUCAUAUUGUGCCAUGAGUACAUUAUCAACAUCAACUACAUUAUUGGUCGAUUUGUAUCCGAAGAAAUCAUCUACUGCAAGUAGUUGUUUCAAUUUUGUUAGAUGUAGUUUGAGUACCAUCUUCAUGGGGUGCUUUGCUAAAAUGAAAGCUUCAAUGACUGUAGGUGGAACUUUUACGUUUCUAUGUGCAUUGGUGUUUUUCUUCAACUUUUUAAUGUUCAUUCCGAUGAAAUAUGGUAUGAAAUGGAGAGAGGACAGAUUGUUGAAACGACUAAAAUAA